AUUGCUUGAAACAGACCUUAGUGUUAAAGACACCCUACAUUUUUCUCAAUGUCCUCGGCACACUGUGACAAAUAGGAGACCCAACAUCAAUGGAACAACAAAGUGAAAUUCCGCUCCUGGAACGAACGGUCGACGGCGAACCCCUUGCAAACAAUGACGACACCGCCGCCACUGUCCAUGAUGGACUAUCACAAGGAAAAGACGCAACUCUGGACACAUCCAUCAAUAUUGAUGCUGAGAAACCCCGACGAUUGUUCUACAGAAUCAGCGAGUCACCUCCAUUUUAUUUGGUAUCCAUUUUUGCAUUACAGCAAUGUCUUAUGUCCAUCGCCGGGGCAUUGUCCACGUCACUGCUGGUGUCAGAGCUGGUCUGUGCCAAAGAUGCUGAGCUCAUCAAAUCUCAAGUACUGUCCUCCACAAUGUUCAUGUCAGGUUUGGCAACAUUCCUGAUGGUCACCAUCGGUGUGAGGCUACCGAUAUACCAAGGUCCAACAAACAUUUACAUCAUCCCUUUGCUGGCACUGACGGAGAUGCAGGAAUGGAGGUGUCCAUCACAGGAAGACCUGGCUGAAUACUACAAUAGUACUUCCUCCAUGAAUGUGACGGCGAACAUGCGUGGGCGCUAUCCCGUUCCUCUGGAAAUUAUCCACGGCAAACUAGGGACUAUAAUGGGCAGUCUAAUGGUGGUGGGUUUUAUCCACAUGAUGAUUGGUGCUACUGGCUUAGUGGGAGUAUUACUCCGCUUCAUUGGACCAGUCACAAUCGUCCCGUCACUGACGUUGAUUGGCCUUUACAUCUACAAAACAGUCGUUACCUUCUCAGAGACGCAGUGGGGAGUGUCCUUAUUUACAGCAGGCUUGGCCCUUGUCUUAUCGAUCUACCUAAGCAAUGUAAAAACUCCCCUGAUCGCAUGGCAAAGAAAACGGGGAUUUUACAUCAAAUGGUUCCCGCUUCAUCAAGUAUUUGCUAUUCUCUUGGCGAUCUUGCUAGGCUGGGCCUUGUCAGUCAUACUGACAGAAUAUGGCGUCCUCUCUGACGAUCCUCUCAGCAAAGACUACUAUGCCCGCACGGACUCGCGCAACUACGUCAUACGUCAGAGUCCGUGGUUCUUCUUCCCAUAUCCUGGCCAGUUUGGGACGCCAGGUUUCAGUGUAUCUGCAUUCGUUACCUUUCUACUGGCAACAUGCUUCUCUAUACUCGACUCCAUUGGGGACUACAGCGCAUGCGCCCGAAUGUGUUUCGUGCCUCCUCCGCCCAAACACGCAGUUAAUCGCGGUGUGGCGGUAGAGGGCGCUAUGAGCUUUUUGGCGGGUGCUGUCGGGGUAGGACAUGCCACCUCCUCCUACGGGAACAAUAUCGGCGCCAUAGGAAUCACUCGGGUGGCAAGUCGGCGUGUGUUCGCAGCAACUGGGGUGCUGUUUAUGCUGAUGGGAAUCUUGGGUAAGAUCGGGGCAUUCUUCGUCACCAUCCCCUACUCCGUCAUUGGAGGGGCAAUGAUCAUUGGAGUUGGCAUCUUUGUGGGCAUCGUUCUGUCCAACCUGCAGUACGUCGACCUGAACUCGCCCAGGAACCUCGCCAUCAUCGGGAUCUCGCUGCUGCUAGGGCUCAUGCUUCCUCACUGGAUCGAGACCACCCCGGAUGGAAUUCAAACAGGAAGUGAAGAUGCUGACCGUAUCAUAAAAGUCAUACUGUCUAACCCCAGCUGUGCCGGUGGAGUACUCGCAUGCUUCUUGGACAACACUGUACCGGGUACACUAAAGGAGCGAGGUUUUAAUAUCUGGCAACAGGAAUAUGCUGAAGGUGACACAUCAGCUGCGUCUGAGGCGUUUGAAGAAGGCGCGGAAGUGUACCAGCUGCCGUGUGUGCCCGAGUGGUUGAUGAAGUCCAAGAUUUCAAAAUACAUCCCAUUCAUCCCCAGCUACUACAAGGAGGCACCCCACACCGAGUGAAACGAUGGCGACAAUGGACAUUGUUUGUGGAAGUUUUGUUUUUGUUUGUUUGUUGUUUAACGCCGCACUCAGCAAUAUUCCAGCUAUAAGACGGCGGUCUGUAAAUAAUCGAAUCUGGACUAGACAAUCCAUUGCUUGACAUCAUGAGCAUCGAUCCACGCAAUUGGGAUCGAUGACAUGCAGCAACAAAGUCAGCGAGCCUGACCAUCCGAUCCCGUUAGUUGCCUCAUGCGACAAGCAUAGGGUAGAGUGUAAGUAAUUGUAUGGACAGAACCACAUGGAAGGGUUGUGACCAGAAUUAUAUCAUCGUGCUGGUUCAGUGUAUGGCAGAUACAUAAAGGGAUGUAACCCUGGGAGGAGUGAUAUUAACGGGACGGUGUGGUCAGGAUGGUAGAAAUUGAUUUGGAAAACAGUGAUUAUUUUACGUUGUCCGCGACAGAACAAGAAACUUGGAAAGGUAUGCCCAAACAUAUUUAAACAAGCACGCAGAACGGACUGUAUUUACAUAAUGUUUAUUGCUCUUGAAAAAAUAAGAUAAAUGCUUCUUUUCUGAAGCCGUUUUUCCAAAA